CUGACAUCGUUUGUCUAAGAGUAACGAUGGCGUGUUGCGCUAAAGAAAAAUAUCGUACGGUUAAUGGUAACAUUUCAAAAGACUUCGAUCAUUUCACAGACGAAGAUGAUUUUGAAUUUCAGUUUCUACCUGCUGAUAAAUUCAAAAAUAUCAUUAAAAAUGUGAAAAGACAAAGAACGCGAGAUGAAGAAGAAAGACUUUAUUCAGCCUACUUUGAAGAAAAGCAACAAGAAAUGAUCAAGUGUAAUCAUGAUGGACAAAAACUUAAAUCUAGCAAAACUCUUGAAGAAACAUUUCAAGAUGUGGACAGAGAAUUAACUCGAUUAGAUGCUGAUUUAUCAAAAGUAAACACUCAUAAAUUCUCUAAGAGAAGAAUACAAUCAGCUAAUUGUGAAAGAAGGGAUUCGCAUGUUGAAAAAGAAAAUUGUGACUGCUGUACUAAUAUUUUAUUAACAGAGCCUCAAAAAGGAAGUUCGUGUUGCAUAAGCGAUACAUCAGAAUCUCACAAUGCAUGUAGAACUUACAUAAGAAAAUCUUUAUCGGAACAAACACUCAAAAACAUUAGACCCCAUUAUAGAUGUCAUCGUUAUAAAGAUAAUUUUGAGUGCAAUUCUAGUCCUGAAGUCAGCCCAGAUCGAUUUAGCAACGAUGAAGAUUAUAUGCCUGUGCAUCCAGAUCCUCUUGUUGUCACUAAAAUUUUAAACAUCCAAAGAAAAAUAUCUAUUGUCUUAGAAAAUAUUUCAUGUGAAAUUGAUAGAAUUCCUUUACCUGAUGGCGAAGAUGAUUACCAACGAAGACAACAAAGAGUUGUGGAAUUUUCUACUAGGCUAUCGAGAAAUUACUUAUAUGAUUUAGGCAGGCAAAUAGCAGAUAUUCUUAAACAUAUAAAAGCAAUUGACCCAAGUUAUAAAAUGAGAUUAUGCAGAAGAGGGGUUAUUCUGCAUAUGCAAGCCAUAGAACAAAAGUUAUUGAGUGCUCAUCAACUGACUUUUGCUGCUCUAAGUGCUUACUGCAAGCAUAUUCCUUGUUCUGUCCUGAAAAAUAACCCUGGAAAAUUGCAGAAAAUUUUGCAAACAGUUGUGCAACUAAAAAAUAUUUGUCUUGGAAUAAAACUCACACCAGAUCAAUAUUCAUCUGGAGAUGAUAAAGAUACAUUUUUAGGAAAAGAGACUGAAAGUCGUUGUACUGCAAUUUUGAACAAAUUUGGUGCUGCUUCUGAACAUGAAUCUCAAUUUGCUAGUCAUACAACUAGAUCAUCUAUUAUGACACCUACUCGCAAUAAUAAACAACAAAUUAAAAGUAAAAUUGCUCAUAGAUUGAGUAUGUAUGCACCAGACUUUAGAUUAUUAAAAACUUAUCAGCCUAAGAAAACUCACAGCAUGUUUCAGAUAACAAAAAAUCGGAAACAAAAUUGCCUAGGAUGCAAACAACAAAGUAAUCCUUCUAUGCUGAAUAAGAAAUCAAAUUCUCUAUUAGCUAAAACUGAUAUAACUAGUGCAAAUAAAAUUGCAAGAAUUGAUAUUCCUCAAAAAGAAGAUGAUAUACAAACUAUAAUGGAAACAGUUCCACUUGAUUCUGAUAUUGAUAGUCAUCGAUCUGCAAAAUGUACAAACAGAAGAGAAAAUUUUCAAAAAACCAAUAAGCUUCUUAAUACCAAUUCUAAUCUUAAAGAAGCUGCAAAAUUGACCAAUUCAAAAUUCAAAGGAAAAGACUUAUUAAUAGAUCAAUCAAAGAAUGAUGAAGCUGCAUCUUUAUUACCUGUAAUUGGAGAUUUGUUGUCUUUAGUCCAAAGUAAUGAUAGCAAAACAGCAUCUAUUCCUCCAAGCUCUAUAGAUACUUUGUACAAGUUUUUAUCAAAUUUCCAAACUCAGGUGGAAACAAAACCGCAGACCAAAGAUGACAAUGUAAUUGGUACUAAAAAUAUAAAGCUUAUUUCUUGCAUUGAAAAAAAAGAUGAGUUAGAGCAAGCUCAUAAUGUAAAACCAACCAAUCCCAAGAAAAAUAAACAACUUAUUAAAUCGAACGAUUUUUCAUGUCAGACUACUUACGGGAAAAACAGCGAGAAAAUAAAAUUAAAAAUAUCGGAUAAAGUAAUUGCAGGUAUUCUCAAUUACCAAAAUCAAUAUGAAGAGUCACUGAAGAGUAACCUCAUGUACAACAGUAAUUCAAACAAUAAACCUUGGGAUGUAGUUUCAUGGAUUUCUGAUAAGCUUGUCGAAGAAUUAAUUGUGGAUUUGUCAGAUGAUUUUCAAAUGGAUGAUAUCAUUCACAAGCUUUUUGAUUUAGAAUUCCAAGAAUUUUAACAUAUUAAAUUAUUUUCUGUAUUAAUUAAAGGAAGUUUCAAAAUUACGUGUUUGCAGAAAAUGUAUAGAAUCAGUGAUCAAUAGAUCAAUUAAAUUGAAAAUUUAACUUAAAAAGCAAGAACAAAAGCAAGAACAAUAUUCAACACGUAAAAAGAGUCAUUUUUUA